UUUCACAGGCUAAACAUCUAAAAUGCGUUUCAUCAUUGUCGUCGCUCUCUUAGUCUUUUUGGCAGUUGGGCUUGUGGCUGCUCGUCCAGCUGAGGAUAGUGACUCCUCUGUCCAGGAGAGUUCCAAUCAGGAUUCGAGUAACAACGAAGCUGAAUCUGGUUCUGGUGCUGGUGAAGAAGGAUCUGUAGAUCAAGCUGGAAGCGGUGAUUCAAGCCAGGAUUCCUCAGCCAACCAAGAAUCUGAAGGUCCAGCUGAGAAUGCGGAAUCCCCCGCGCAGGAAAAUUCCAACCAGGACAGUGAAGGAUCUGCAGGUCCAUCUGAAAACAACGAGUCCUCUUCCCAGGAAAGUUCAAAUCAGGAAUCAAACAACAACGAUGAACAAGAAAAUAGUAAUGCUGGUGAGGAAGGAUCUGCAGGUCCAGCUGAGAACGAUGAAUCUCCUGCCCAGGAAAAUUCCAAUCAGGGAUCGAACGACAACGAAUCUGCCAAUGAACAAAAUCAGGAUUCUGCUAAUGAGGAAAAUCAGGAGGAUGUCAAUGGUGAUAUCAACCAGCAGAGCGACGGAGAAAACUCUGAUGCAGAAUCCAGCGCCAGCGACAACAACCAAGAAGAUAACAACCAAGAAGGAAACAACCAAGAAGAUAACAAUGAGUCGGAAGAUAACAACGAGCCUCAAGGCGACAACGAAUCUGAAGGCGAGGUUAUUGCAUUUGGACCACUUCUCAUUCAAGCCAGGCCUCUUUUCCGUUAAUAACUUCAAGGUUGAUAUGCAUUCAUUGUUUCAAAAACAUGUUUCCUAAAAAUAAAAUGUUUAUAAAUGUCCACUGUUAA